AUGAACUUCAAGUCCAAGGGUGUCGAGACGAAGUCGACCAAAGAAAGCUGGCACGCUGCCAAGAAUUGGGACGAGCUGCCGCUUCGUGAGCAGCUUGACACGGCAGAGUACAAAAAGCUCGAGCGAAGCGCAAGACUCAAGAUGGACCUGCAGGUCGUGCCAAUCUGCUUGCUACUGUACUUGCUCUCCUUUUUGGAUAAGUCAAACAUCUCACAAGCAGUGAUCGACGGCGAAAAGCAACCCGAUGGUAGCAUCAAGAAUCCAGGAAUUAUGACAUCAUUGGGUCUUAGCCCACACGACUAUGCCGUGGCUUUGACGGUCUUGUACCCACCAUACAUGGCGUUUGAAAUCCCCUCGAAUCUGAUGAUUAAGCGCGUAACGCCAAGGAUUUGGAUUCCGUUGCUUGUGAUCGCAUGGGGCCUGGUUGAGACGCUCCAGGGGCUCGUGACGUCGCGGGCCGGGCUUUACAUCAAUCGUGUAUUUUUGGGCGCAGCGGAAGCUGGUAUCAUGCCAGGUAUUGCGGUAUAUCUGACAUUUUUCUACAAACCCAGCGAGCUGCAGUUUCGACAGGCUUUCUUCUUCACAGGUGCAUCGCUCAGUGGUGCAUUCUCCGGUCUGUUGGCUACAGCGAUUCGCAAGAUGGACGGCAUCGCUGGCCAACACGGAUGGCAAUGGGUCUUCUAUUUGGAAGGCAUUUUUACUGUCCUAGUUGGGUUUCUUUGUUUCUUUCUUCUGCCGAAUCGACCUGAAUCGUGUUUCCUAUUAACAUCGAAGGAGCGGCGCAUCGUAGUCGAGCGCCUCUCAGAAGCAAGAGAAACGUAUCGGGAUCGGCCCGAACUCGCCUUGAAACUUGAACAGACGGUGCCAGAUGUAAGUGAGGAACAGGCUCCACCGCCCGUCCCAUCGCCGUGGCAUCGAGAGGUAUUGCGUGCCUUCCGAGACAUUAGGCUACUGCUAUUGGGUGCUCUAGGAUUUUGCGUGAGUAUGUCCAUUUUUUCCGUUGCAUACUUCAUGCCAACUAUCGUCAAGGAAAUGGGCGAUUACAGUGCUGCACAAGCCAUGCUCAUGUCCUGCCCACCGUAUGCUGUCUCUUUCGCAUACAGUCUUAUUGUUGCUGUUGCAUCUGACCGCCUACGGAUGCGAUACGCAUCGAUCAUGAUCGGUCUCGUACUGUGUGUCAUUGGUUUUGCCGUUGUUCUCGGCUGCGAACGAUCUAUGGUUCGUUAUGGAGGCAUUAUCCUGCUGACAUGUGGUGGAUACGCAGGACCACCGUGCUUGUUCGCAUGGGCGGCCAACAAUUCUGCGGGGCAUUACAAACGUGCAACGGCUCUUGCGCUGAUUAUCAUUCUAGACAAUUGCAGUGGUCUGGCGUCAUCCUGGCUGUUUAAUUCCAAAACAGAGGCACCCCGCUUCACUCGUGGCGUGGCAACAAACUUGGCCAUUGCCGCUUUCGGUUUGAUCGUUGCCACAGCCAUUGAGCUACUCGUUUAUUAUGAGCGGAAGCAACGCAAGAGCGGACGACGGGACGAUCGUGUUAUUGAAUUGUACAAGAAGACUGGCUGGAGCCCCGAGCAAUUGCGCGACUAUAUGGGUGAUGAUCACCCAGAGUACUAUCUUGAAAUGUAA